UAGAAGGGAACAGUCACCACUGACUCUGAGUUAGAUACAAAGUAAAUCCGACUCUUUCAGUUUAAAAACUUGUUUUCUGAAGGAAGAAGGACAGGUCAAAGCGAACAGACAAGGCAGACACUGACCUGGACAGAAAGAAUAUUGGACAUUACCUAUUUAAAUGUGUGCUGUUUAAACAGUAUUGCAGUUGUGCAAGUCUGCAUAUCGUAAGGAACACCUGGUUUUCAGCUACAUUAUACCAGCAAAGAAGCUAGAACUGCAGCAUGAAGACAAUGGAAGACUUAGCAUUCUCUGCAGAAAAUAUUCAGCGUAUUGCCAUGAUAGAAAAUUGUUUUGGAGUCUCUGGAAAACGUUUGGCAAAAGAAGGACGGAUAUUAGUGGGAGAAGGAGUCCUGAAGAAGGAAUGCAGAAAAAAGGUGAAGCUUAGAGUAUUCUUCCUGUUCAGUGAUAUCCUGGUAUAUGGGAAUAUUGUAGUAAUGAAUAAAAAGUACAACAAUCAGCACAUCAUUCCACUAGAAGGCCUCCACGUUGAGUCCCUAGAAGAUCAGAAUGAAAUACAAAAUCGAUGGAUGAUUAAGAGUGAAAGGAAAUCCUUUGUAGUUUCUGCUCCUACUCCAGUCCAGAAGAAAGAAUGGAUGCAACACACUGAAGAUUGUGUAAAGCAUCUGAUGAUAAAAACUGGCAGUACACUGACAAAAGAGCAUGCUGCUCCCUGGAUACCAGAUCAUGCCACAGAAAUCUGCAUGCGCUGUGCCAAGACAAAAUUUAACUUGCUACAAAGACGACACCACUGUAGAUACUGUGGCUAUGUGGUAUGUGGACAAUGCAGUAAUCAAAAAUUUUUAAUCUCUAGUAUAUCCAAAGAGCCACAGAGAGUAUGUCUCUUGUGUUAUAAAUUGUUGUCAGCAGAAGAGAGGAAACGGACUUUAGAGAGGAUCACACCAAUGAAAGAGACUGUUUGCCAUGAACUUUAUAAUGAACAUUCUUCUGGUGAUGAAGACAGCAUUAAAGGUAAUGAGGAUGACCUGUUUAAAGACUGGCAAUCAAAUGAAGACAUUAACUUCUCAGUUGUGCUUUGGUCAUCCUUCCAUAAUAAAAACUGCCUAUUUUAAUAGCAAUUUGUAAAGAAAGACAAGCUUAUUAUGGUCAUAGAUCAUAAACAUAUAUAGAAGAUGGCAAUGAAAAAUGUGCAAUAAAGCUGAAUUUUUUACAUUUAAUAAAAAAAUGAGAGUAUCUAAAAGAACACGUUAAUAUACCUUUUCUGCUUCAAUCUCAAAGACCUCAGAAACACAAAAUCACUUUCAGUAAGUCUUUUUAGCAUUUUUAAUAAUAUCCUUGUAUGUGACAAUAAAAUAAACAAUUAGCUAGGCAAAAUUUAAACAAAAGAAUGUGUUACUGUUUUAGUUCAUGAUAAUGGAAUGAUGGAAUGCACAGAAAACUGAGCUGAGAAUUUAGCAGUAUGACUCGUUUUCCUCAUUCAUAUAUGCUGUGUCAUCAAGGCCUGCUGCGGUGGUUCAGCGGUAGCAUUGUCACCUCACAGCAAGAUGUUCUCCCGUUUGAUUCUCAGCUGGAGCGCCUUCUGUGUGGGGUCUGCAUG